UGAGUGAGUAUUGGGACAGGGCCGGGGCAGGGCGCUGCGCUGUGUGUUGUUAGAGGUUGAGUUUGAGGUUCAGGGUUUAGUAUCAGAGGUUGAGUUUGAGUUUUAGGAUCAGGGUUUAGUACCGUUAUCUCGGAUUUAGACCAGUAAUAAUGAAGUUCGUGUAUAAGGAGGAGCACCCGUUCGAGAAGCGGCGCUCUGAGGGGGAGAAGAUCCGCAAGAAGUACCCGGAUAGAGUCCCCGUGAUUGUGGAGAAAGCCCCCAAAGCCAGAAUAGGAGAUCUGGACAAGAAGAAAUACCUGGUGCCAUCAGACCUGACAGUGGGACAGUUCUACUUCCUGAUCCGGAAGCGGAUCCACCUGAGGGCGGAGGACGCGCUCUUCUUCUUCGUCAACAACGUCAUUCCUCCAACCUCCGCCACCAUGGGUCAGCUGUACCAGGAGCAUCACGAGGAGGACUUCUUCCUGUACAUCGCCUACAGUGACGAGAGCGUAUACGGAGAGAGAGAGACGCCCGUCUAACCCCACAGAUAUACCCUCUCAACCCCCAGACCUGCUACACACACACAUACUACACACACUAUACACACUGUUACACACAACAGUAAAAAAACAGUCCAGUGGAUUAGUGUAUAUUUACUCCUCUUUCACUUCCUCUCUCUCUCUUUACUUUUCUUCUUCCCUAUUUUUGCCACUUUUCCACUGAAUGGUACCAACCCAACUCAGCAGAUGUUAUAUUUACAUUACUGAUUUUAUCAUACAGUGAUUUAUCAUACGAAACUUAGCACACAGUAAUUUUUCGUAUGGUAAUUUAUCAUAAGGAUUUACCAUACGUUAAUUUAUUGUACGGUAUAUUAUAUGUAAUUUAGCACACAGUUAAUUUAUCGUAUGUUGAUUUAUCGUAUGGUGAUUUAUCGUACGGUAAUGUAUCAUACAAUGAUUUAUUCUACAUAAUUUAGCGCACAGUGAUUAUUGUACAGGGAUUUAUCAUACAGCAAUUUAACAUACAGUGGUUUAUGGUACGGUAAUUAAUCGUACGAUGAUUUAUCAUACUGUGAUUUAUCAUGCGUAAUUUAGCGCACAGUGAUUAAUUGUAUGGUAAUUUAUCAUACAGUAAUUUAUCGUACAGUAUGGGGACUUGAGUACUUGUUUUGUUUGCUGGAUUGUUAUUUACAUUUACUGCAUUUAUCUGACUCUUUUAUCCAGAGCGACUUUUAUGGUUAUUCCUGUUGCAGGUGGUGGUGUUAUCCACUGCACCACACCCAACAAUUAAUUAUGCUAGUAUUGUUAUGCUAGUGUAUUAUUAUAGUAUCAGGAUGAGCAUAAUAUCAUUAAUCGUAGUAAUGUUUGAGACAAUAUAUCAGCCUAAACAAAAACAUAAGUCGGAACUAAAAUUUAGAGUAUUGCAGCGCUCUGAUUGGCCGGAGAGAGGAGUCACACAAAUGCUAAUAAAAAUGCUAAUAAUGCCCCCGAAACUAGUAGUGUAAAAGCCAGCACACGCCUCCUCCCAUACAUGUGAAGUCAGACACCGCCUGACUUCCAACUGCAACCAAUCAGCAUGCUCAGAGGAAAUCGCCGGUGUUAUGCCGAAUUCAGCACCCCCGCCAGGAAAAGCACCCUGGCUGUACCAACCUGCAUCACAAUGUAUGAGGGGAAAGAGCGCCACCUACUGUACUCUCUCCCUCUCUCAGACUCCGGCUGCUGAUGGAGAAACAGCAUGACGUUUUUAUUUCACUAUAGGUACCAUGCAGUGGAACAGUUUUUAUGCCCCGCCCCCUCACUUACUCUCUCUACUUUUAGCUCACUCUCUCGCUUUCUUUAUAUCGUUACAUUUUUUCUUUUACUCAUAUUUUGUAAUUUAUUUUUUGUUUAAUUUCUUAAAUUUUUCUUUAGUUUCCACCUCAUUUCACAUCACACACUUACUUUCAUUUACUUUUGUUUUCUUGCUUUUUAAGCACACUUCCUGUAAAUUUGGGUUUAUUUUUCUUUUCUUUUCUUUUUUUUAGUUUGUGUAUUCUCUCAGUUUUAUAUUUUGGGUUUUUUGGGUUUUAUAUGUUAUAAUUUUGGACAGUCUGUGGUGAAACUGGACUCUCUGUUUAUUAAUGUUUAUUAUUUCCUGUUUUUCACAGACAGACUUUAGAAACUGUGCUUUAUCUGAUCAGUGUCUGAUCAGCGUUUAUAAACUCAGGUCUGAUUACACCUGCUGUUAACCUGCACUUUCAAUCUGGAUUGUAUCUGGAUCUGCUUUGGCUGGAUUCUGUUCACACAGGUUGUUAAAAUCGUGUAAUCAGAUAUCAGAUUUAAUUUUUUCAGCAGAUUUAUUCCUCUGACAAAAAAAAACAAUUUAGUCUGUGUUCAAUUGUAUUUACACUCGCAUAUUAAAUGUGGACGAGAUUAAUCUGGUUUCAGUGUUCAGAUUGUGAUCGAAUUGGGACCUAAUCAUAAUCUGAUAACAGUGCAUUCUUUGGGGCUUUUCAUUCAGACAAGUUAAAUCCAAACUAAAUCUGGUGUACGUCUUUUGGACGUAUUUUCUUUUGCUGGACAAAAUCUGAUUACAGAAAGAUCACUCUGUUUAUAUUUAAUUACAUUCACACUUACGGUGUUAAAUGUGGAUGAUACUGAUCUGGUUUAAGUAAUUCAAUCAAAUACGAACACAGUUCAUCCUUUAAUGGGGGGUUGUUUAAUGCAAUCAUCUGAAAUCCAAACAUGAUCCCAUUACCAAAAACGCAGGAUAAUACCCGAUGUAAUCAGACCUACUGAGUCCUGAGAUAGAGAUAUUAUGAUCCGAUAUGAUGGUGAUGAUAAUGUUAGUGAUAAUGGUGGUGAUGACGUCAAUGGAUGAUGGUGAUGAUAAUGAUGACAAUGGUAAUGGAAACAGUGAUAAUGGAUGAUGAUGAUGAUAAUGAUGAUGUUUUUGUUUCUCAGCUUCAUCUCACAUAUCUUAUAAUAAACCUGAUAGAAAAACA